GACAGACAGAGUCAUUGCGCGCGCCAGAGGCCACUCGGUCGAUUAUUUAUCCAACAAGUGCCCGUCCGUUUCUCUUCCCCUCUUUCUCUCUCUCUCUCUCCGGGGCUGGUCAACUAUUUUUCUUUCCUUUUGAAAUGUCUACGCAUGUUAGUUAUAUUCAAACAACUACGAAGCGAAGCGGAGGAGCAUUUUGACUUAAACAUUGUUUGUUUAUUGACCAGACGAGCCAACUUUUAAGGGAUUAUUGAAAAUGGCGAUGUGCUUGUUAAAACGUUUGCGGCGUCCCGGUCGUUAAAGUGUCCGCAGUUGUCUUCUCUUCCUUUAAGUGGAUUUUUAGUUUAUUAAAUUAGUUUAGUAAUAAUAAUACACACUAAUCACAACUAAACUAUAAGGUGUUGGCACGGAGAGUUUUGAUAGGAAAGUAAUGGAAAAUGAUGAGCCCGCAUCGCCGGACCCGAACCACGACAACACUCAGAGAGGAAAUCCAGUGCACAAGAAAUCCCAUCUGACUCAGAUUGAGGUGAUCCCAUGUAAGAUCUGUGGAGACAAGUCUUCAGGGGUUCAUUAUGGAGUGAUCACUUGUGAGGGCUGCAAGGGCUUCUUCCGCAGAAGUCAGUCCUCCAGCGUGCAGUACUCGUGCUCCAGGCAGAGCAACUGCCCCAUCGACCGCGCCAGCCGUAACCGCUGCCAGAGCUGCCGCCUCAAAAAAUGUGUCGCUCAGGGGAUGAGCCGCGAUGCGGUGAAGUUUGGCCGCAUGUCCAAGCGUCAGAGAGACUCGCUGUUUGCAGAAGUCGAGAGACAUCGACAACAGCAGCGUCUUCAGGCCAACUCAGUCCAAGAGCCUCAGUCUCUCCCAGCCUACCGAUCCGGCAAAGAGCCCAGAGAACAGACAUCACAUCUCAUCCCGCCUCUACCUCAAGCCUACCCUUAUUCUGUUGAGCCUGAACUGCCAGGCUGCCCACCAGAGGUACAUCCAUACCUGGAGUGUCGCAUAGGCGAGGCCCAGGCUCAGAGUCUGGCCUACAGGGUUUCCCACAGGAGAGGUGAGAGCAACAGCUUGUCAGCAGGUAGAGGAUUUGACUCUACAAGGUCUACACCAGAGACUAUUCUGAACAUGAGCGGCAGUGAAAUGGGGUUUCGUCCUUUUGACCCUGAGAGCUCGUUCUUUUCCUAUCCGACCUCUCUGCACAUAGAGGAGCUCUCUGCAAGUAUCGUACGUUCUCACAGAGAGACGACUCAGUAUCGACCGGAGGAACUGCAGGCUCUCAGAUGGAAGGUCUUCAGCAGGGAGGAGAUCCAUGCUUACCAGAGCAAAUCGGUGGAUGAGAUGUGGCAGCACUGUGCGGUGAGGUUGACCGAUGCCGUUCAGUAUGUGGUGGAAUUUGCUAAACGUAUCCCAGGAUUCCGUCAGCUUUGUCAGAAUGAUCAAAUUGCUCUCCUCAAGAGUGGGUCAAUGGAAGUGGUUCUGGUUCGGAUGAGUCGGAUGUUUAACACAGAAAACAACACAGUAUUUUUUGACGGCAAAUUUGCAGGAACAGAACUUUUCAAAUCUCUCGCGUGUAGCGAUCUAAUAGCUGCUGUAUUUGACUUUGCUCACAAUCUGUGUGCGCUGAGACUGACUGAACAGCAGAUGGCAGUGUUCACUGCACUGGUCCUCAUCAAUGCAGAUCGACCAUGUCUGGAAGACAGAGAAAGAGUGCAGAAAGUAAGGAGAGAUGUGGAGCUUGCCCUUAGUCACAUCAUGCACAGAGACAAUCAGGAGAGUCUGCUGCAUAAGCUGUAUCAAAGAGUGCCGGUGUUGAAGUCUCUGUGUACGCUGCAUAUUGAGAAACUGCGAUGGUUUCGGCAGCUUUACCCUCUCACGGUGCAUUCCCUCUUCCCUCCGCUAUACAAAGAGCUGUUCGGCUCUGACACGGAUAUACAGUCCUUGACUACUCACUAAACACACACAGACACACGAACAACGUUACUUAUAAAAGUGUAUGCAAUCAAGAUCUAAAUAUAUUUACCAGCUAAAGAAGUUAAAUAUAUUUUUGUAACAGGAAAUAAUUUUAACAGAAGCAUGUAGUAUUUUGUGCAAAUUCUCUUCUGUAGGCCGAAGCAAAAUAUUACUACGAAUGCUAUUCAGUUUGAGUAUUCUUAAACUCGUUUAUGUCUGAGGAUAUAUUUUAAUGUUUUUGAAGUUUUUGAUGACCUCGGUGGUCUUGAUCCUAGCUGGUAUAAAGGAGCAUUAGCUCUGAUCAUUAGAAUGUAAUUUUUUAUAGAGAUUUUGAUACUAGCAAAUGCCAGAUUACAAAUGUUGAGCAUCAUUGUUCUUUGUCAAAAUACUUUCCCUGAGCUGACUUGAUAUUUGAACUGAUGGCAUCAGGCGGUCAUUUAGAAACUAUGGAUGAUUUUCAAGUUUCAUCUACAACAUUAGAAUCCCAUUAUCUCCUCUCGUUUGAUUUCUCGGGCAGUACAGAGACAUGCCACUUAAAAAAUAGCCUAUUACAUUAUUGCAUUAAUUUAAAUAUGAUCAUCUAUUAUGUGUUAGCUUUUUUGUACUUCCUGUUAAAGCUUGUUUUAGUGCUUGUGAUUCUCAUCUUUCAUUCAUUUCACGUGGAUUUGAGAAGAACUUGUUGAUUUUGUUCUUGAACUCACCAUUCCCUUCAAAUAGACCAUCUUAAGUUGCGUUAUUCAGUCUUUGGUCAUAGAUGAUUUUCUCUGUUUAUUCAGUCAGCUGAAUAAUUAUUAUACAGCACUUGUAGAUUUGACAGUGUUUAUGCUCAAGGGUCUAAAAAUGUAUAGAGUUCUUCUAUGAAAUAAAUCAAAUAUAAUGCGCUUAUUCAUUAUGCUUGUGUAGAAAAUAUAUUGAUCACAAUUCUAUUGUGUUUCAAUUGCACAGUUUCUGUUCUUGUUGUAUUUUUAUGUCAGCUUUAACUUAUCACUCACACAGUUAAUGAAACCUGCAUUGUUUGGGGUUUUGUUUUGUUUAAAGCAUAAAUCCUUGCUUGCUAUUGUGUUGUGCUGCUUUGCGGAGAAGACCUCAAAUAAACCUCUGAAAAAGUGUAAAGGGUGGGAAUGUAUUCAGGAAAAAUAUGCACUGGUUUUCCAUU